AUGAGCAUUUUGCAAGAAAGAGAAAACAAUAAUCAUCCAUAAGGUUCAGAAUAUUAAUCAAUUGUUUAAAUAAUAUCAUAACCAUCUGUUGAAAAUUGGAGGAGAUAUACCUUUACAAUCAAAGAAAAGCAAUAUGUUUAUUAAGGUCCAUUAAAUGAAGAAACUGAAGAAUUGAUAUAAGUUUUGUAAAAUUAUGAAAAUGCUGAAAAUGUUUAAGCAAAAAAUGCAAUAGAAUCUCUUUCUAAAAAAUGGUUGGAUUAUGAAAAAAAAUUAUAUAGAGAAUGGAGUUGUUUUAAUUAGAGGUUGAAGUUUGAUACAAAUUAAAUUAUAAUUACGAUCGUAUAUUGGAGUGCAUAUUUUAGUGUACUUUCAGAAUCAUUAGUAUUUAAUAACCUAUAUGUAGGAUGUAAAAAAUAAUUCUAAUGUAUAAAAUGAUUCAAAAAGAUCAGAUAUUGCUUAAUAUAUGCCUUUAUAUGCAUUCUUAUUUACUUUAUUUUCGUAAAUGUAUUAAAUUAUAUUUAUAUUCAUUAGAUGUUAUUAAAUCAAGAAUACUUAUAUAUGGAUUUUAUUGUUUAUAUCUCUUAUAAUAAUACCAUUAUUCGUUUUGUUAGGUUAUCAUUUAAAUGCCUUUUCAAAUUACUCUGAACCUUCAGAUGAUUAUAUUGGAAUAGGAUUUUGUAUUUUAAGUUUCUUAAUAUUUAUAAAUUCACUGUUAAAUAAAGGAUUUAAUUCUAUUAUUACUUCAUUAUCAUCAUCUUUAAUAGCUACUUUAUUUAAUUGCAGUUUCUGCAUUCUUGUUAUAUAUUUCAUACUUUUUAAGAUUAUUGCUUUUUUUCUAUUGCUUUAAACCAAUAACACUGCAUAUAUAAUAGAGAGUAUAUCAGAUCUAAUAGCACCUUAGAUAUUUAUAAUAAUGCUAAUCUAUUCAAUUUUCGUAAUUAAAGCACUAUUUAAUUUAAGUCCUGAAAACAUUGAAUCUGAUCUCAAAAUAUUAUCACUUAAAGAUUAACCAGAUCCAUACAUAUAAAAAGAAUAUUAUAGCUAUAAAUUAAAUAAAAAAGUUAUUCAUAUACUUAAAUAAUUAAAAUUAACAACUGUUGCACCAAUAUUGAUAGCAAUUAGUUAUUUUACUCUCGAAAUCUAUUGUUAUUCUGGAUGGCUUUAUUUUAAAUCUAUUUAAAACUAUGAAUUAACAGUUACAUAUGGAUUCUUAUUUAUAGCAAUACCUAUAUUUAUGUCCUUUGGAAUAUGUAUGUCUAAUUCUAAUGUGAAUCCAUAGAAUUUAUACUUGUAUAGUUCAUUGUUAUUGGGUGCAAUUUUUAGCAUUCUAACUAUUUAAGUCUGGAAUUUAACAUAUGAUAUUUAAUACUUCUAAUCUAUAUCUAGAUUAUUUGGUAUAUGUCCAUUAAUAAUAACCUUAAUUUGGUUGACUGUAGCAUAUUUUAGAUCUUGGAGAAGAAAUUAAAAAAUGUUAGUUUUAAUAAUUUCUUGUUACUUUUUUGCAUUCCCAAUAGGCAUAUUAAUUACAUUAUCAGAUGCUUUUAAUAAUUUAGGAAUCUAUUAUGGUUCUAUAGUAUUGAUAAUUAUUGGGUGUAUUCCAAUAAUUGGUCUAAUUAUAUAUUAUUUUAUAGUUGUUAUGAUUUAUCUAAUUAAAUUACCUUAAUAAGCUUUAAAUUUAAAUUUCUAUGCAUUUUAAUAUGUGAAUUUGACUAAUUUGGCAAUUUGGUUUAAUUCUAUUUUUUAUACAUUGGGAUUCUAUUUUACUUGCUAUUUUGUAUUGAAUGAACCAGCAACAGCAACAGGAACUAAAAAAGGAGCUGUAAAUAAUAUAAUAUAAUUCUAUAGAUGUAAGGACUAUUAGUAAUUUAAACAGUUUUAUUUAUUUUAACAAAGAAAGCAUUGUAAGUGAGAAUAAAUGACCAUUAAAAUGAUUAGAAAGAUGAAUAAAUAAAAUAUUUGGAGAGGAUUGAUAAUCUUAUAAGAGGUGGAAUAUUUUAUCCAUUUAUUAUAUUAUUACCUAUAGGUUUAACUUAAGAUAGUGAAACAACUAAAAAUGCUUUAAUUGCUAAUGCUGUAGGUCUACCAGUAGUAUUUAUUUAUUUUAAUUUUUUGAUUUAUUUAAAAAAAGAACUUAAUGAAUACUAAGAUUUUUUUUAACCUUUAAUAAUUAUACUUAUGUGGAUCUUUGUAAUAGGACCUAUAGGAAUAAUAUUUCCUAUAUUAGCAGAUAUUUAUGAAAAUUCUUCAUAUUAAUUUGCUGUAUUUGCAUAAUUAGCUGUAGCUUAUACAAUUUUAAUAACAAUUAUAAUAAUCACUUGUAUUUCAAAUGUUUAUUCAGUUUUAUUAAAUAAGGAAUAAUUGGAAAUGAAAAAGAAAGAAGUAUUAAAAAUUGUUAUGUAAUUAUUGGCUAAUCAUAAAGUAUCAUCAACUGAAGAGAUCUGUACUUUAAUAUUCUUAAGAUAUAUUCAAUAAAAUAAUCCAAUUAAAUUAAAAAAUGAUUUAAAAUAGGGUGAUCCUGUUAAUGUUUAUGAUUAUCCAGGAGUAGAUAAAGGUAGAAUGUUUGAUGAAUAAUUGGUAACUAAAACAGAGUUUGAAAAUAAAAAGAAAUUAGAACAAAUAUCUAAGAAAAAGAAGGGAGGAGAUAUUCGUAGUCUUUAAGAUGAUGAAACAGAAUUAUUGAAGAAAUCUACUACAAAUAAUGAUGAUGAUGAAUAAGAUAAUUUAAGUCAUAAAAUAUUAGAUAUAGUUUUUGAAUGUGUAUUUUGUAGAUGUGGUUUUGAAGAAAUGGAAUAAAUUAAUAAAAAUAAAUAAUAAUUAGAUGUAGAAAUAUUAGAAUUAGAAAAUUGGAAAGAGAGAGAAGCUAAAAAAAUAUAAGGAAUUAUAUAACCUAGUGAAGCAGAUAUGAAGACAGCAAGUGAUAUUGAUUUUUAUACUGCAUUAAGAACAAAAUAUAGAGAUAGAACUGAAAGAUUUUGGGCUGCAAUAUAUACAAAAUUUAGAGACAAUUUGAAUGUGGUUUUAGAAUAUUUAGAAUUAGAGAGAAAUGAUGAAAUAUUAAAAUAAUAUAAAACUUUUAAAGUUAUUGAAGAUGGUGAUUUUACAAUGUCAUAGAAUGAUUUUGCACUUUUCUUAUAUGAUAAUUUUUAAAGAGGUGAUUAAACUAAUUAUUAUAAUUUAAUUUGGGAAAUGGCAGUAAAGAAAUAUCAUCUAUUUGUUUAUAAUUAUAAUGAUAUUAGAUAAAUAUUGAAAUUACUUUAAAAUAAUACUAAUACACCAUUUCAUUAAAAAAAUUUUAAAUUACCUAAUAAUAAAGGAGAGAAAAGAUUAAAAUUAGAAAAAAAAAAAGUUGUAUAAAGUAAUGAUUAAAUUGAUUUACAAUAUUAAUAAAAAAAAUAAAAUAUUGAAAGAGAAUAUUAAGAUAAAGUUCCAAAAAAUUUAAAAGUUUAAUUUUGGUCAUUUUGUUCUAAAGUUAAUGAAAUUUUAUGGAUUAAACCUAGAAUGUAUACACAAUAACUUGUUAGUUAAUUAAUUAAUUCAUUAUUUUAAAAAAUAACACCACCUGAACCAGAAUAAGAUAAAAUUGUUUAAAAUGUAAAAUGGGAAUAAUUAGCUGAAUUAGUUGGAGAUUGUUUAGUUGAUUAAUGCAAUAAAUUUGAUAAAAAAAUAAAAGAUUAAGAGUUUAUCUUAAAAUUUACAUCCACAAAUAUUAUAGCUGUUUUCUUAAGAAUUUAUGAUUUAUAUGGUUUGGCUACAUUAGCAUUUGAUUCUUAAGUUGGAUGGUUUGGAUAAUCAUAAACAAUUAAUCCAAUUGAAUUUGUAGAUUAUUCAGCUAUUUGGAGUGAAUAUAAUCUAUUUUUCUUUUUAGCACUUUUUAUGAGUUUAAUCUAUAUUAUUUUGGGUUUUGAGGCAGCAAAAUAAAUAGCUAAUAAUACAUUUGGAUUUGAUGAGAAUGGAAUUAUAGCAACCUAUAAAAGUAGAAGAUAUUGGUUGAGUAAAACCAUAUAAAUAGUAAGUGGAUAAUUUAUAUUUGUUAUGAAAAGUUAUAUUGAUGCAUUCAUUUGUGAUUAUAGUUCAUAUCCUUACACAUUAGUAAGAUAACCAAGUGUUGAAUGCAUGAGUGAUUUGCAUUUCAUGUAUGUCACUUUAGCCAUUUUUGGGUGUAUUAUUUAUUACCCUCUCUCAUCCUAUUUAUAACCUACAUUUUAAUAUAUGGAUCACUCUUUAGAUUUAAAAUACAAAUCUAAUUAUGUAGUUUUGUAUAUUUAAUCUAAAUUGUUAAUUUUGGGUAUGAGCUCAGUAUUCUCAAAUCUUUAAGAUUAAGCAUAUUAAUAUUAAAUGCUCUUUUCUAGUAUUGUUAUGUUAAUUCUUAUAUAUUUUCAUAUCAGAAUUAAACCAUGUUAUGUUAAAUGGUUUAAUACAAUUGAAUUAUGUAUAUUGUUAUUGUUACUAUAUGUAAUUUUAUAUUUAUUAAAUUAGAUGUAUUUUGGAGCUUUUUUGAUAUUAGCAACAGGUUUAAUGAUAAUAGGAUGGAUAAUUUUGGCUUGUAUGGGUGGUUUAACAUUAAUAUUGACAGCCAUAUUACUUUUUAGACAUUACGAUAAAGAAAAAUAAUUAUAAUUGACUAAAGUUCAGCCAGUUAACCAAGCAACUGAGAUGUCUUAGAUAUUGAAGUAAUGA